AUGGCAUCUGUAUGCUUAAGCAAACACGAUAUCAAUAUCCUCGAGAAAAUCAAGGAUCCGGAGUCAAACCCAUAUGCUGGUAUCGUUCUCGACUCCUCAUUACCACGGGACCCAAACAUUACAGAUGCCACGAUAUAUGAGCGAGUAGUCGAGGGGGAGCGAGACAUAAUUCGUUCCAUCCAGAGACUUGAAACCCAGUUGAAGAGUCUUGGAUCUGAAGAAGUAAAAGACGCUGCUGUCAAGGGUUAUCAGCAAAGCCUUUCGGCGGUUGAGAGUAUCAUCGCUGAGUAUCCCAACUACGCCAGCGCCAGAAACAACCGUGUACAGAUCCUCAGGCGACUAUACGGAGAUGCGAUGAUGCUCUCCGAUACCAAGGACAACUCCGCACCCUUAAUAGAGUCACCCACCCAGGCGGAAAGGAAAAAAGCUGUUGUGACAGCAUUGAGCGAUAUCGAAACGUCAAUCGCACUCCUCAGCCCUUCAUCACCAACCAUGCCUAUUUCUCCUCAGGUCGCGCGCACUCUGUCUAUGGCUCACACCCAAAGAGCUGCAUUAUAUCUGAAAACAGCCAGACUAAUGCUUAGUCGUUCCUUGGAUAUAGAUGGGACCCUUGAAGAAUCCAAAUGGGAAAGGCUCGACUUUGAGGGUGCCGCAUCUCGAGACCUGGCAUUUGGUGGGAGGUAUGGAAAUCCAAUUGCAAAGGGUUUGGCCGUGAGUGUCAACCCAACGGCCAAACUCUGCGGACAAAUUGUUCGGGAAGCGAUGAAGAAGGAAUAUGGUCCAUCUUUUGGUGACUAA